CAAAGGCCCAUGAGGCUGCCACUUCUCCAAUAAACAAACAAACUCGCUGAGCAAGUGAGGGUCUGAAGACUCCGUCCAAGCCCCGACCCCGGACCUCGAUGCUCCUAUAUCGUGUUACACAAAUGUUCUGAUACAUCUGUUUAGUAUUUCUUUAAAACAUGAAUACUCACAGUAGGGCUCCAAACGCCGUUUGCGCGACUUGUCUCAGCCAGGGUAGACAAAUGUUUACACUGCCGUUGCAACAUAUCAAACCCGUUUCUAUGUUUUAUAAAGAACUGACUCUGACCAAUAACGAGAAGAUUUGCUGGGAGUGCAAACAUUUUGUUAUAAAAAUGGUCAAUUUCAAAAACAGAGCCCUAAAAGCACAAGGUACUCUUGCGGGGAUGAUAGACAAACAACCAAUCUCACUCCAAAGUCUAUCCAAGCUUAAAAUAUCCAAGGGCAAGCACUUGGAAAUAACAAACCCACAAAAAAUUCCUACAGAAGAAAAUCCUCUUAUAGAAGUAUUAAAAACUGAACCUAACUUGGAUUAUGGUAAUGAAUGGAAUAUGAAGCUUGCUUCUAUGGAAUCGGGAAAGAAUGACGAUGAAGUUACAUUUGAAGUGUAUCAGCAUAAAGUUAAACCGAGGCUUGAAAGUGUGAUUAAACUUGAGCCUAUAGCUGAAGAUGAAAACCCUGGGGUUUGGGAAGCUAGUGUGUUUGAGGAACAGGUUCCUCAAAGACAAGCUGGUGGUGGGUGGGGUGGAGCUGGAUUGGCGGACGCAACACUAAUGUCACUCUUAAAUAGGAAACACAUUUCAUACCCCCCACCAAUGAGCGCAGUGCCCCAACGAAAACUACCAAUGAUGGAAGUUCCCACACUACGCAUUCUACCAAAAAACCCUAUGCCUGAGAGUAAUGUAGAAAAAUGCCCUCUUCGAAUUCUACCAAAAAACCCUAUGCCUGAGAGUAAUGUAGAAAAACGCCCUCUUGAAAAUUUUGAAAAGUCAGUAUCCGAUCCAUCAGGCCCUAGUUUUACAGAAGAGAGGUUGACAGAAGAGGAGAGACAGAGAUGGUGGGAGAGCAAGAGAGAGAAUGAGUUUUAUGCAGACAGUAUAGAAGUGUUUAAAUGUGAGAAAUGUGUGGAGCCCUUUUUCACGAGGAGGACGUUCUUGGGGCACCAGAAGAUGCAUACUGAGUUGUUUGGCAAGCAUUCCUGCGAGAUAUGCGAACUGAGGUUCCAUACUGGGCAAGCCCUGGCGACGCAUAAGGACACGCAUUAUAGACUGUUGAAGUGUACCCGUUGCGCCCACGCGUGGGACUCCGUUAACUCGAUGCGGCGGCACUGCGAGGUCGCACACAGGGUCCCUGUUAUUGCUUGGAACUGCGACAUCUGCUCAAAACUAUUGACGUACGUAUCUUUUCGGCUGCGUUCGUGGCCCACAAAUGGUCUCGCCGGAAGAUCAGCGCUGACCUUCGGUAAUUACGGAAGAUACUUGAACCACGUGCGCGGUCACGGCCGCGAGCCCUGCCCCCAGUGCGGCAAGGGGGUGUUCGUGGCUCGCAUGAAGUGCCACAUGCUAUACUUGAACCACGUGCGCGGUCACGGCCGCGAGCCCUGCCCCCAGUGCGGCAAGGGCGUGUUCAUGGCUCGCCUGAAGUGCCACAUGCUAUACUGGACCCACGUGCGCGGUCACGGCCGCGAGCCCUGCCCCCAGUGCGGCAAGGGCGUGUUCAUGGCUCGCCUGAAGUGCCACAUGCUAUACUGGACCCACGUGCGCGGUCACGGCCGCGAGCCCUGCCCUCAGUGCGGCAAGGGGGUGUUCGUGGCUCGCCUGAAGUGCCACAUGCUAUACUUGAACCACGUGCGCGGUCACGGCCGCGAGCCCUGCCCUCAGUGCGGCAAGGGGGUGUUCGUGGCUCGCCUGAAGUGCCACAUGCUAUACUUGACCCACGUGCGCGGUCACGGCCGCGAGCCCUGCCCUCAGUGCGGCAAGGGGGUGUUCGUGGCUCGCAUGAAGUGCCACAUGCUUACGCAUAAGGACGUCGACCGGCCAUUUAAGUGCUCAGAGUGUGACAAGAGUUUCAAGAUCAAACAACACCUCUACUCGCACGUCACUCGAGUGCAUUCACCCAAGGAUGACGUGAUGUAUUGCGCACAAUGUGACAAGCAGUUCAAAAAUAGUUACUCAUACAAUAAUCACAUGAAAUACGCGAGCGAACAUAUUUCCAAGGGACUGCUCACGCAUAGCUGCACAGAGUGUAGUCGAGUGUUCCCGAACAGGGGCCUGCUGCGUCAGCACGUGGCGCGCGUGCACAGAGACGAACGGAAAUACGAGUGCCAAGUCUGCCACGAGAUGUUCAAAUCCUCGUCGACUCGGGCGCGGCACCGGCGGCUGACGCACGAGAACUAUGUGGCACCCCGAGACAAGAUAUGCGACCACUGCGGGAAGGGUUUCAAGGUGAACAUUUGUAGUUUAAUGUCUGGCAGACCGAGCUACAUGUGCCAGUCCUCGUCGACCCGGGCGCGGCACCGGCGGCUGACGCACGAGAACUAUGUGGCACCCCGAGACAAGAUAUGCGACCACUGCGGGAAGGGUUUCAAGGUGAACAUUUGUAGUUUAAUGUCUGGCAGACCGAGCUACAUGUGCCAGUCCUCGUCGACCCGGGCGCGGCACCGGCGGCUGACGCACGAGCACUACGUGGCACCCCGAGACAAGAUAUGCGACCACUGCGGGAAGGGCUUCAAGGUGAACAUCUGUAGUUUGAUGUCUGGCAGACCGAGCUACAUGCUCCAGUCCUCGUCGACCCGGGCGCGGCACCGGCGGCUGACGCACGAGCACUACGUGGCACCCCGAGACAAGAUAUGCGACCACUGCGGGAAGGGCUUCAAGGUGAACAUUUGUAGUUUAAUGUCUGGCAGACCGAGCUACAUGUGCCAGUCCUCGUCGACCCGGGUGCGGCACCGGCGGCUGACGCACGAGCACUAUGUGGCACCCCGAGACAAGAUAUGCGACCACUGCGGGAAGGGCUUCAAGCUACAUGUGCCAGUCCUCGUCGGCCCGGGCGCGGCACCGGCGGCUGACGCACGAGAACUAUGUGGCACCUCGAGACAAGAUAUGCGACCACUGCGGGAAGGGCUUCAAGGUGAACAUUUGUAG